UUAAUAAUACUAAUAAAAAUAAAAAUUUUAAACUACUUUAAUCAUAAUAUCUUUUGAUAUCUUUUUAUUUAAAAUAUCUAUAUAUCUAUGUAUGUAUAAAAUCGAAAAUUUGUUUAAAUACUUUGAUCAAUGUUUUUUCUGUUGAAACAAAAUUGAACAGAAAAUAGUAAAAUAAAGAAAAUGGACUAUAGAUUUUUUUCUGAAGAUAAAAUGUAAAAUAGUUAACAUACUAAUUAAUAAAUUUAAAUUACUGUAUUUUGUAUCUUAUUUUUAAUAGAAAUACAUAAGUAUUUUUACGAAAUUGAUGAUUAUAUAAUAGGAAUGAGACGUGAAUAUUUAAUACUUUCAAAACAAGUUUAUUCUCAUAUGAAUUUGUUAAAAAACAUUAGGAAUUCAAAAUCUACUUAAUAUUUUGAUUAAUGGUAUAACUUGUAACACUUAGAGUUUCUUCAAACUCUAAAAACUUGUCUUAUCUUUUAAUUUUCAGUUCUCCGUAUAUGUGCAGUAUCUUGCUACAUCCAAUACAAGUCAUGAGGAUGUGUCCCAUUUUCUGAAUUUUUUGAUGAUGUUGUCUUUAAAAUUGAUAAUAGGGUAUGAUUAGAGCGUCAGAAGAAUACGUGGUCGAAACUAGAACGUGAGAAGUACAUGGGCCAGUUUGAGCAACGAAAGAUUCUGCCUCGAUAACGAGGCAACGAGCGUUUUGAUGAUACGUUCCAUGUGACUUGGUAAAAUAAACAUCUCAGAGCGUCCGCAACGGGGGUUCGUCCCGAAUCCUUAACGCUAAAGCAUAUGUUAGUUUUAAUAUAAUAAUAAUAUUUAGGCUAAUAAACGUAAGGAUUGGUCCGUAAUUAGGAGGUUUAAGGACUUGAUCCUUGUGGUACGUGGCCGAAUUUGAGUGGAUCGUUCGUUAAAGCUGGAAAUUUAUUAGUUUUUUAGAAUCAGUCUUCUUCUUCCCCUCAGCGAUCGUCGGAGAGAUAUUUUCCCGUCGAAGAAAAUGAGGAUUGACGAUAACGAAGGCGUCUCAGCUUCCAGCAAGCACCUGGUCUUCGCUUACUACGUCACUGGACACGGCUUCGGUCACGCCACCCGCGUCGUCGAGGUUGUCCGUCACUUGAUCGCGGCCGGGCACGACGUUCAUGUCGUCAUCGGCGCGCCUGAUUUUGUCUUCACGUCCGAGAUUCAGUCUCCUAGGCUAAAGAUUCGAAAGGUUCUUUUGGACUGUGGAGCUGUGCAAGCUGAUGCUCUGACUGUAGAUCGUCUUGCCUCCUUAGAAAAGUAUGUGGAAACAGCUGUGAUUCCUCGAGCUGAAAUCUUGGAAACAGAAGUGGAGUGGCUUCAUUCUAUCAAAGCUGAUUUCGUGGUGUCUGAUGUUGUCCCCGUAGCGUGCCGUGCAGCGGCUGAUGCUGGCAUACGUUCUGUCUGUGUCACCAACUUCAGGUGACGUUUUUUAAUAUCCUACUUUCAGUUUUGGUGUGUCUUGUUUGGCCUCCUGAGGUCUUGAGCGUGUUGUAGUCCACGUUCACAACCUAGCUUUUGUUAUCAAAUGUUCAACUCCCCUGUUUUAAAAGAAAAUGUUUAUAGUGAAAAUAUAGUCACAAAUUGAUUUUCUCCGAUGA